GCAAUCCCUAUUUUCUCUUAAUCUUUAUUUGGUAUCAGAGCCCACCCCUUAACCAGCUGCUGAAUCAAGUAUCUUCAAUCAAGCUUGAUCGGGGAAAUUUUCUUCUGUGGAAAAAUUUAACGCUACCCAUUCUAAGAAGCUACAAAUUGGAAGGGCAUCUCUCAUAUGAAACACCAUGUCCACCAGCAUUUGUGCAACCAACGGUAGAUACAAAUGCGACAGCAACAGGAGCAUCAAGCUCGGCAACUGCAGUGACGACAAAUCCAUCGUAUGAGUCAUAGGUACUCGUUGAUCAGCUUCUUCUUGGAUGGUUGUAUAACUCAAUGACCCUUGAAGUGGCAGUACGAGUUAUGGGAUACGAGAAUGCUAGAGACCUUUGGACAGCCAUUCAAGAAUUAUUUAGAGUUCAUUCACAAGCAGAGGAAUACUUCCUUCGCUAGGUUAGAUGAGGAGUAUAAUCCAGUAAUUGCUAUGAUUAAAGGGAGAGCUGGUAUUUCUUCGUCUGAAAUACAAGUGGAACUACUCGUCUUUGAGAAAAGACUAGAAUUUCAAAACUCACAGAAGAACACAGUAGCGUUCAAUCACACUCCUACAUUAAAUAUGGCAAAUAGCAAAUAUCCCAAUAGAGGUCAGCGCCAACAUUUGAACAAUAACCAGAACAAUAACCAGAGGAGUAGUGGAAGUCGAUAUCGUGGAAGAGGAAAAUGGAACAACAAUGAUGUCAAUCGUCAAAUAUGUCAAGUUUGUGGAAAAUCUGGGCACUCUAUAUUUGUGUGUGGCAUAGAUUUGAUAAAAAAUUUACAGGACCUAGUUAGAAUCAGACUAAGAGUAAUGGUUCCAACUCAUAUAAUGCACCUGUACAAAAUGGUGGUAACUCUCAAGGUACAACUUCUCAAGCCUUUGUUACAAUACAAAACACUAAUUCGUUUGUUGCAAAUCUGGAGACAAUGGUUGAUCCAAGCUGGUACGGUGGAUAGCGGAGCCUCAAAUCAUGUUACAGCAGACUACAAUGAUAUUAUCAACCCAGUUGAAUAUGGAGGAUAUAGUCGAGUUCAUCAUCUUUGCUCUCAAUUGGGAAUUCAGUCAAGAUUCUCCUGUCCAUAUACAUCUGCAGAAAAUGGACGGGUUGAGCGUAAGCAUCGACAUAUUGCCGAGAUGGGAUUAAUUCUACUAGCCCAAGCUUCCAUGCCAUUAAGCCUCUGGUGGGACGCCUUUCUUACGGCCACGCUAUUAAUCAAUGGGCUCCCCACUCCGGUGUUAGGUGGUAAAUCUCCUAUGGAAUUACUAAUUCAUAAAAGUAUGAAUUUUGCAUAUCUCAAGACGUUCGGGUGUGGUUUCAAUCACAAAAGCUUCAGUUUCACAUUAUCAAGUGUGUUUACCUUGGUCCAAGCCCAUCACACAAAGGACACAAAUGUUUGAGCCCAACAGGUUGGAUAUUCAUCUCUCGCCAUGUCCAAUUCAAUGAAAAUGAUUUUCUGUUUACUUUUGGAUUUCAGGCCAACCCGAAUACGUUCCCAAACCCAUCUUCUGUCCCACCCAUUACAACUUGGUUCCCACCACCAUCCAAUCUACAUCCCUUAAAUAAUGUCAAACCCACUAUUUCAGCCUCAAAUGAUGUCCAACCCAAUAUGCCACAACCCACCACCAUUCAGCCUAUUCUCAACUCUCAACCCAAUGUCCAAGUCUGCACCCAUUAUUAUACAACCUACCAAUAAUCUAUCAAAUUCCCAUCAACCUACUUCUUUAGGGCCCACACCAUAUAUCCCUCCAGACCGCAAUUUUGCCAACCCACAACCACACGUGUUUUCCAUGCCCUCAAACCCUUCACACCAAACUGUCAACCCUUACACUUUCUGGCUUCAUCACCAAGUCCGCAGAUUCCUUCAAUUUUGUCGUCGGUUCCUCAGUCAUCUAAUCCCAUGAUUACAAGGGCGAAAGAUGAAAUUUUCAAACCAAAAGUUUGGGUCAAUUACACCGUGCAAGAUUGGACUUGUACCGAACCUACUCGGGUGAAAGAUGCAUUGGAUACACCACAAUGGAAGGCAGCAAUGGAGGCUGAAUUUAUGGCCCUCAUGAGCAAUAAAAUGUGGCAUUUUGUUCCCUCCUCUCUUUCUCUUAACGUUGUUGGUAGUAAAUGGAUAUUUCAAAUCAAGCAUAAUUCGGUCAUUCAGUGGUACAAGGCUCGAUUGGUAGCUAAAGAAUUUCAUCAAAAUCUCGGGAUAGACUUCUUUGAAACAUUCAGUCCCGUUUUGGAGGCUUCAACCAUUCGAGUUGUUCUCACUCUUGUUGAGACAAAUGAAUGGGCACUUCGAAACCUUGAUUUUAAUAAUGCGUUCUUAAAUGGACGACUGGAUGGAGAUGUGUACAUGCAACAACCACCUGAAUUUGAGGAUCCUAACUAUCCACAGUAUGUAUGUAAACUUGAUAAAGCAAGUUAUGGAUUAUGGCAGGUGCCUCGAGCUUGGAACAAUACUUUAAAAUUUGUCUUAGCUUUCUGUUAGGCCUCUCAUUAGGCACACAUGUAGGAAGGGGCAAAGGGGGCAUUUCUCCCUCCUCUAACAAUUAGGAUGUUGACCUUAAGGGUCUUUUGUCUUUUGUGAGCUAGUCCUAGGGGAGAGAAUAUAUAUUUGGAGCUUCCAAGGUAUAAGGCAUGCUUUUCAUUUUGUAAGAGAUAAAUUGGACUAGCGUGGAGAAUACAGCCUUCUCGAAAGGUUGUUGUUCUUGUCUUGCUACGCUAUUUUGAAUAUCAAUAGUAAGGGGAGUUUCUUCACAAAUUUGGUAUCAGAGCACGUUCGACUAGGGCAAAAGGAAAGAUGACGAAUAGAAUCAACUGGAAGAGCGGUGCGAGUCGACUGAGAAAGAAGUGAGUGGGAUCAAGGAGGUCUUGCAGCGUAUUAGCUCUCAACUAGAGGAACAACGUAACAGAGGUGAGACAUAGAUGGAAGAGCAAUGCCAUAAGAAUGAAGAAACCCAACGGACGUUGGAAGGUUUCAUGUUGGAGGUGAAGCAAGGAAAGAGCCCGCAACCACAGUCGCUCACAAUGAAAACUCCAAAACUCCACCAUGAAGGGGAAGAACCUGAGGAGGAUCCUAAGAAGCAAGAAGAAUUGUCACCAGGGAAGGAAGAGGAGCCUGAAAGCAAGUUUAAGAAGGUAGAGAUGCCCAUAUUUUUUGGAGAUGACCCAGAUUCAUGGCUAUUUAGAGUAGAGCGGUACUUCGAGAUUCACCGCCUGAGUGAUGAAGAAAAAAUGACCGUAACGGUCAUCAGCUUUGAUGGCGCCACCCUUAAGUGGUACCGGUGGGUAGAGAGCCGACGAAGUUUUACGGAUUGGAUUGACCUGAAAACCAGGAUGUUCGAGCGGUUUAGCGAAUCAAAAGACAAAAACCUUCUUUCCACUUUCUUUCCAUUCUGCAAGAAGGAACGAUUACAGAGUACCACUAGACUUUCGAAGCAUGGCCAGCUUCGUUACCAAAUAUAGCAAACGACGUCCUCGAAAGUACCUUCAUGAAUGGGCUGGACUCGAUCGUUAGGGAGGAGCUACUAUUAUGGGAACCUAUGGGCCUCGAGCAAAUCAUGAAAAAAUUCCAACUCACUGAAGAUAGAAAUGUAUCAGUUCACUCACCAAAUGAUGCUAGCCUAAACCAUGAUUUAUUGCCAUGAUUUACCAAUAUUAUUAAUUACAAAAAUAUCCAAUUUCAUCUAUCUCCUUGUGUAAUUUCCCACUGCUUGUCAGAAGCCACAGCCGUUCGGACACAUUCAGAUUUCAACAGGUUCCUCUCCGUUUGAACACUUUUUCCUGUCCUUUUUAUUUAAAAGGUUUAAUUUCUUUCCAUUGUCUGCUUUGUCUUACUGUAAUGGGUUGUGGCUGAAUUUUUAUGAUAUUUAGUUUAUGGGUUGUGGUUAUCCAUAAUAACAACAUUUGGUUUCAAUUCAUUUUGAAUCUUUCUUACGU